AUGUGCUGUCGGAAGUUCUUUCUCCUGUUGCUCGCGACCAUCUUCGCCUUGAUAUGUCCUCCUAUUAACGGAGCGAGUCUUGAAAAGAGGCCAUACGACAUGCUCGACAAUCCUGGCGCUGUUCGUCCUGGCGCUGCUUCUCCGCCGGACCUGAACAGCACUUCAGUAAUGUCUAAUGAGACGACAGCUGCGGCUCCAGCGGCAGCUGCUACUCCAGAAACAGCAGCUACAUCAGCAAACUCAGCCUUACUUGCGACACCCGCGACAUUUACAGGGCAAUCACAAAUUACAGCGGCACCUCCACCUCCUUCAGGAUCAGCGGGCUGUGUGCCAUGGGCGACAUGCAAUUUGUUUUAUCCAUACGUCAACGUGUAUUACUGGCCCGAAGACCCCCAAAAUACCGCUUGUCUUUCAAAAGGUCCACAGAUCACGACCUCUUCUCCUGAUGUAACAAACAUUCAAUCUCCAAGCGUAUAUGUCAAUUUCCCCUCGAUCCGCGCUCAUGAUGGGUGCAGCCAAAUUGGCGCAACAUUCACCAACUUGAUUACUUCUUUCGCUUCUGGUGCGUUGUCAACUAUUGGAGGCGAUUCCAAAACAUACAGCUUCAACUUCGGCGAUCUUCCCUGUCCACCGGCCAUUAUAGGAUGGAAUUCUUCGCAAGGUCCAUACGCGCCCUUACUUGCCCCUCCCGAUUUCCUUUUCCACUUAGACCCAGCGUUCUCGAAGUGUAUUCAUGGUGCUUCUCAGGGGAUUGAUCCUUACACGGCUUUGGUAACUACCAAUGCAGCCUCGGGUCCUGGAAAAGCCGGCUGUCGUAGACCCUGUAAUUGA